AGGGAAGGGGAAAACACAAAAUGCAGAGGGAGAGAAUGAGCAAGAAGAAGACUAGUCAGGUUCAUUGUAUUCCCUCUGGUGAUCAUAUUCCCAUGACGGCUUCAACUUCUAAACACAUUUCUCAUAUCAGAUUGUACAAAGCCUGGAAGGGUAACAACAGAUUUUUCUGUGGUGGUAGACUAAUCUUUGGUCCUGAUGUAUCAUCUCUGUUCCUAACCUCGUUCUUGAUCGGAGCUCCUGCGCUUACGUUCUGCAUAAGGAUGCUCGUGUGGAUCAGAAAAGGCGACCCUUUCUUCAACUACACCGUUCUGACUUCAGGAUUUAUCCUCACCCUCUUGGAUUUUAUGUUUCUAGUGUUGACAUCAGCUAGGGAUCCAGGAAUCAUCCCAAGGAAUAAAACAUCAAUGAUGGAUCUUGAGGAUGAUUCAGAUUGUUCCUUGACACAAUCUAUGGAAUGGGUCAACAACAACACUCCUAAUCUCAAGAUUCCAAGAACCAAGGACGUCUUCGUCAACGGUUACACCAUCAAAGUCAAGUUCUGCGAUACUUGCUUGCUCUAUCGUCCUCCUCGAGCAUCACAUUGCUCCAUCUGCAACAACUGCGUCCAACGCUUUGAUCACCAUUGUCCAUGGGUUGGACAGUGCAUUGCCCGGAGAAACUACCCCUUCUUUAUCUGCUUCAUCUCAUCUUCAACAUUAUUAUGCAUAUAUGUCUUUGUCUUCUCCUGGAUCAAUCUGAUUCGACAGCCUGGGAAACUAUGGAGGACAAUGUCUUAUGAUAUAGUGUCUGUCAUUCUUAUCGUCUAUUCUUUCGUAGCUGUUUGGUUCGUUGGUGGUCUUACCAUUUUCCACUUCUAUCUCAUGUCUACAAACCAGACAACAUAUGAGAAUUUCCGGUACCGUUAUGAUAAGAAAGAAAAUCCUUACAAGAGAGGGUUACUGAAGAAUGUUAAAGAAGUAUUAUUUGCCAAGAUCCCGCCUUCACAACUAGAUCUCAGAGCAAUGGUCCCGGAAGAAGAUGACAUGACAAUAGCCUCUAACGGAUCCGAGUAUGAGUCAGAGUAUAGCUCCUCCGUUAGGUACGAUACAGAAAUGGGAGGCAAGCUCACUAAUAGGGAGAGCCCGAAGAAGCUUCCUCUGCCAACACAAAACUUAGAUAUCAUGGACAUUAGUGAUGACUACGACAGAUCUAAGAUGACUAGAGACGAUGCUUCUGAGGGUGAUCCUUCUUUCUUCUCAUCUCAACUAGACUUGCCCAACUAAUUGUAACGAAGAAUCUCUCAAAGUUGUAUCAUCUUUGUC